UAACCUUGUUUCCUUAUUGUGGGAGCAUGUAGGGCUUCCACCCGCGGAAUGAGCCAGCCAUGGAUUACUCUGCUAGCCCUCGUCUUAUUCCCACGGCCCCCGCUCGGCUCAGAAGUACCUGACAUUCAGGUUAAUGGACUUGUAAAUGGAACAGUCAGGUUUCUGCACCAUUUUGGCACAAACUCUACAACCCAAUGCACCGUAUGGAGGACAACGAAGGAAGAAAAGGUGGAAGUGGCUGAAUACAGAAGUAACAGAUUUACAACGACCAAUCAAUUAUAGCAGAACCGAACAAGCUUCAGUAAAUCAGAAUUAACGAUUAAUAACCUGAGUAAGGAGGACAGUGGGCAAUAUACUAUAUCCUGCUGGCCUUCCCCCAAUUCUGCAACAAAGAAGAAGAACUACAUGCUUACUGUUCAUGAACCUCUACCUCCUCCAACCAUCAAUAAAACCCUAAGGGGAUGUAAUGCUACUGGAUGUAGCUUCACCCUUCAGUGUCUCACCCCAAACACCUCAUCCAAUGUGUCGUGCCGUUGGGAGAUCCUACAUCACUCCUUUAAUGAAUGUACCAUCCAAGUCCUGCUGGCAUUCUCUUCACUGGGCACAGAGUACGUCUGCUUCAUAAGCAACCCUGCCGGAAAGCAAGUUGCCUCAGUCACUGCUUGGCAGUUGUGUUCUGUUUCAGGCAAGAUUAUGAUGCAGUGUUUCAUCUGGGGACAUUGGCUACUAAUUGUACUGGGAUUGAUUGUUACAGUCCUUCUUGCAAUUGCUCUUGUGAAACAUACACUCUAUAAAACGCGAUGCACGAAGAAGAGGAAAGAUAGUAAAGAUGAAUCCAAAAUUCUACUGAAUAAGGUGAGGAACCAUUAUAUGCAAGCAUGAUUAUCUGUAUGGGUUAUUUGUUAGUAACU